AUGCUCAUCCUUGUCACUGUGAGAAGCCUUCCAACCUCAACUACGGCUGAUAAUCCGGGUAGAAAGUUCAGAGAUAAGAAGAAGAAAAAAUGUGAUUUCUGGGAAUGGGUCGAUCAAGAUGAAGAACUAAUAAAACAAGACAACACUGAAGUCAAGAUAUCAAUAUUGGAAAAUAAUUUUUGGACUCAUAAGGUGAAGGCAGAUAAAGAAUCAAUGAGUUUCAGAAAAGACUUGGAUAAAUUAAAUUAG